AUGGCGGCGGGCAACGCUCCGGACUCUGUCCCCUCUGGGGGUGACGCGCGCCCCUCCAGCUCGCCGUCUUCCGGCAUCCAGGCCAGCAUUCUGCCUCCUUUUGCUUCCGAGGCGAGUUCGUUCCUGCCCGCGAUGACUUACUCGGACAUGGCCUCGUCCCCGCUCCUCUACGUUAGCUGCAUCUCGUCCUUCUUCCUCGCGCAUGCACUUCUCGUCUGUCUGCUGCGUCUCUCUCGCGCCAAGUCGCCGUUGCUGGCCACGUGCGCCUUUCCUCGCCACGGUGUCAAUCGGAUCAUCUCCACACUGCAUGCGUGCGUCGUCAUCAACUGGGCGUUGCUUAUCCUCCUCGAGGACUCGACCGCGCACCGCCCGUCUCUCCCUGUUCCCCCCUCGUCUUCCGCCUCCGCGCGGUGUCUGUUCCACUUUGGGCGCCCCGUGACGGACUACGAAAGGCCGAUGUUGCUGUUUUCGCUCAGCUACUUUCUGUACGACACCUUGUACGAGCUCGCGUCGUGGGACCUGUCGUCUGUGCUUCACCACGUGACGAGUCUCGUUGGCCUCGUGAAUGUUUUGGUUGUCGACCGCGCCGGCACAGACCUCGUGACUGCGCUCCUCGUCGCCGAGGUCAGCACUCCGGCGCUGCAUCUGCGCUACUUCCUCGUCCAAUAUGCGAAGCGUGCGGAGGCGCUGGCGAAAACCUACUCGGUCGGCGAGCCGGAUGCAGAGACGACGCCCCGGGAGCAAACGAAGCACGGAGACGCGGCAACGGAGCGAAGCUGUCGACACCGCGGCGCGGAAACCGCGACCGAGACGACGGGCGAAAGCGAGACGGGGAGAAGGGGUCCGGAGAGAGCCGCGAACGAGAGCGCAAAGGGGACCGACGGUUCGCGUGUCGCUCCAGGUCUUCCCGGCCAAGAAACAGGUUCGCGUCCAGGCAACGACUGUGUUCCGGUGGACAAAACGUCGCCGCAGGCAGUCGCUCAGGCCCUCGGAAAACACGACUUCCGUGGGCCUCUGGACGCCGUCGAGAGGGCGUUCUUCAUCAUUUUUCUCUUUGGUCGAGGCGUCGCCGCCCCGUGUCUCGUGUACGCGUGUGUGACGUGCGGGUCCACGCCGGUGCUCGUCCGCAUCGGAUCAGUCGGCAUUCUCGUCGUCAGCGUCUUCUGGAUGAUUCUCCUGUUCCGCGGCCUCCUCAAGCGUCUGAACAAAGCUGCGGGGGCAAGUGCGGGCGUCGCACCGUGGAAACCCGAGCCCAGGAAGCGCGAAUAUAGUUGCAACUUGUAUGCGAGGGAUUCCGCCCAAAAGACGCAUUUCCGCUGCCGCAGGCAGCUGCGUUGGCAGGAAACACUGUCAGGGGGGAUCAAGAUCGUCGCCCACAAGAACCCCAACCGCGGAGAGGCUCCGAGGUCUGCAGCUCGUCAGGGAGCGACGGGGCAGAGCAAGGAUGAGCGCCCACUGAAUUUCGUUUGCAUGGUUAACAAAUCGUCGAAAAGUGCGCAGAAAAGCCUACCAAAUCGGAGGAUAGGUUCCGUGCACGCGGACGGCGCGCCAGCGGCGUUUCUCGGCGUUGGCAUGCUGCGAAGUUUGUCGGUCCCUUUUGAAAGCGAGCACACUUCAGGCACCACUAAAAUAAGUGAGACUUGGGUCCUCACCAUGGCGGGUCGCGUUGUAGAGCCGAGUGUCCUUUCUCGCACUCGCCUCAUGCGUGUCUCCUCUGCUUCGUCUUGCCGCAUGCCGGCGGCCUCCACUGUCCUCUCGACUCCUCGCCUCUCCUCAGGGUUGGCCCCUUUCUGUUCCUUCCGUCCGCCUUCUCGCGCCAGUGUCGCGUGUCCGCUCCUGGCCAUCGUGUGCCUCGGCCUCUCGGUUCUUGACCUGCGCGUCCCUUCCUCUUCCCCCUGCGUCUGCUUCGGGAAUGCCGCCGAGCCUGCUGUCUCCGUCCCGGUCUCCACUUCGUCCCUCCAGCGACGUGAGGAGUUGCUUUUGCGUGCCCAGGCUUCGCCGUCCUUUGUUGUCUCGCUCGACGGGGAGGCGUACAACUCCCUGCUCCUCGCGUCCCUACCCACAGUCCCCACCGACGGCGGCUGGCGACGUCGGCGGGCCGUCCGCGCCGCCUCGCUCUUCCGGCGCCAGACGCCCCACCGUCCCUACCACCUCUUUGUGCUUUACUCUCUCGUCGGGGACGCCGAACGCCACGCCCGCUGCAACGAGUGCAAAGAUGCCCUCGACGCCUUCACGAGAAUCUCCGAGGCGUACUGGGCUGCAGGCGCUUCGAUGUCCCCUCGGGCACAGAAAGGCACGCGUGCGGCAUUCCUGCCUCCCGCGGUCGCCCCGGUGGUCUUUGCCGUCGUCGACGUGGCGCGGUUGAACCAGACGCCUGCCCUGCAUGCGUUGCCGUCCCUGCCUGCUGUGGCGCACAUUCCGCCUUCUCUGUUGCCUGGGGAGGAAGAGGAAGAAGAGGGAGAAGACGACGAAGACGAGUUUAAUCCCGAGGACCAGUGGGCGAAGAUGAUUGCCAAUGCCCCCCUUCCUUUUCCUCGCGACGAAGUCCUGGUUCUUCAGAGAGCCAUCAACGACGCGGGGGUGAAGAAGAGCAUGCUCGAGUGGGUCAAUAUGAAGGCGGAAAGGAACGUGACAAUCCCGACGACGAUUUGGAUGGAUCCGAGGUCGCUGUGUGUGAUCCUGGCGUUCCUCUGUUUUCUCCUGUUCCUCGCUCGACGUCUCCUUCAGCUGCUGCCCAAGCAACCCUGGCUCCUGUCUGGCGGCGCCUGCUUCGUCUACUGGCUAAGCACGAGCGGCCUGGUUUUCUCCAUCCACAAUCGCGUCCCGCUAUUUGCAGUUCACCCGGAGACGCAGCAGAAGGUGUUUGUCGUUCCCAAUUCUCGGGGACAGUAUUUCCUUGAGGGCUUUGUCAUGAGCGCAUGUGCGACUGCGUGCGGCCUGGCUGCCGCUUUUCUUGUCUUCUUGCCUUCCGCGUUUCUCCCCUCGCGUGAAGAGCUCGACGAGGAGACUUGUGCGCCGGACUACCAGACACGAAAAGAACGCGGGAUGCAAUCGGCGCUGACGUGCCCCCCUCGUCUUUGUCCACGAGACGAGAGGCAGGGCGUGAACGAGAAGGGCAUCCAUUUUGGAGAGCUGGAAGUUCGUGAAAACAACGGAAGAGGCGAAUUCGCUUGUGCCUUGCUGAGGGGGGCGAGCUGCGCGGGAGAGCGAAGCAGCGACGGAGGUCGGUCCUGCGCACGGAAAGGCAAAGGCACAGCCGCGAGCGGACGAGAGGCGCAGGGUUCGGAGGGAGACCGACGGGGGGCCGAGGACCAAGCGAUUCUGCAGUGGAUACAAGCGGAAGAAAGCGCAAAGUGCAAACAAGGGGAAGGGCCCAACUUGUGGGCGGUCCGCGUCUGCAUGCUCGUCUGUCUGUUCAUGGCAGCCUUUGCAUUUGUUGGGUCUGCCAGUCUUGUGUUCCAGGUGUACCGGCAAAAAGCGCCCUGGUACGCAGUCGCGUUCUACCCGCCUCCCGAGUACAAGCGCGGUCCCAUGAGAGUUGAUCGGGGCAACGAGCUUUGA